AUGCCUUCACCGACAGACCAGAAUCAUACAAAUCUUAACCCCUUAAAUAAAGAUUCUUCUGAUGCACCUAAAGAGGGUUCAAUCGAUGAUAAGACCACCGUAGAUGAUACGUGUGAUGUCACUCGUAACGAAUCCGAUGCGGGUGUGAGCACAGGUUCUUCCCCGUCGCAAGUGACUACGUCAUUUUUCUCUGAUGGAACCAUGCGUGUUACUACCGCUUCUUCCGCUCCUGCCGUUUCUUCAUCAAACGAUCCCCAAAAUUCUACUCCAAAUUCUACUACUCCUUCUGUUCAAAAAUCUCCUCAAAAAUCGACAAAACAAUCUUCCUCUAAUAGACCCGUUAGAAAAACGAGAGGUGCUCCUAAAACGAUCAACGUCGCUUCGAAUGCUCCGAAUUUGCCCGAUUCUUCGGUUGAUAAAAAGGAUUCUACUCCCGUUUCAUCCGCGAAUGUCUCGAAUCCUACUGCAUCUGCUACGCCUGCUCGAUCUUUACAACCAAUAAUACCCGCUUCCGGUUCAUCAUCCUUACAAGCCAAUUUUCCUCGUCGCGGUUUACCUCAAAAAGAUGUAACUCGUGCGAAUAUUGCUGAUCGUUAUUUAGAAUUUAUUCUUUAUUGUAAUCCUUCUGCUCCUUCCGAUUUGGAUGUAUCAUCUCUCCUCCGUUCUUUCAAUUCCGUUCCUAAAUCUGAUGGUAAAACUUUUGAUACUUGGGUUCUUUUUCAACUUGUCUCUAAACAUCAUUCGGGUGAGAUAAAGACUUGGACAAAAUUGGCUCAGCAGUUGGGUGUUGAACGUACUAACGAAUCAAGUCCUCAAAAAAUUCAACAAUAUGCUGUAAGACUAAAGCGUGUUAAAGCUACUAAUUAUUCUGAUGAUCUUAAUGACUCUAUGCAAAUUGAUGAUUCUGGUAAGCGAAAAAAGGUUAAUUCUCAGUUCAAUUCUCAAGAUAAAUUACCAAAACUUGGUAAACCGAAAAAUGGUCAUAUUCCAACUCCUGGUCCUUCACCUACUACAUUGCCAGACAUGAAGCUUCAUCAUAAUUCUAGCGAUACAAGUCAUUUUCGUGUCGUACCUUCUGGUGGUCCUGCUACUCAAUUACGAUGGCGAAGUAUUUCUGUUGGUGGUGGUCCUAUAUCUACUCAAUCUAAUGAUAUUGUAUCAUCUCAACAAUUCCCUUCCCCUGUUACAUCAACAACUUCACCUCCUCACAAAGGUAUUACCUCAAGACGAAAACACAACUCCGAUCCUUCCAAUUUAGGCUUCGAUAGUUUUCGACUUUCAAAUAAACGUGGUCAGCAAAAACUUGAUAGAUCACAAUCUCCGGGUGCCAAUUGGCCAUGGUCACCUCAAAAUAGUAAUCUAUCAAAUGGUAAUCCCGGUGGUCAAGAUAAUAGUAAUCCCGGUUUCUCUUUUUCUGAACUUCUCCUACCUCCUACUACUGUAUCAAGUGAUCCUAAAGAAACUAUCAGUCUAUUUCAAGAAAGAUUGGUUAAGGCUGUUGGAAUGUUGGAAGAUAGUCAACGUAAAAUUGAUAUGUUAGAAAAUGUUGUUCGCCAAAGAGAGGAUGAAGUUAGAAAAAGAGUUGUCAGACGUAUUAAAGAUGAUGUGGCAGGUGUACUUCAACGAUAUGAAUGA